AUGAAAACAAAAAAAAUAUUUAGAGAUCAACCCAAGAACUCUGAGUGGUUUCGGGGUGUGGAAAUCGGAGGUGGGAGCGAGGUUUUGAGAGAAUUGCAGCAGGUUACAAGUUUGAGUGAAGGAGAUGCUGGUGUUGGCUUGAUAGCUACAAAGGGUAGUGGAAGGGUAGCUAUUGGUGGCAGAGGAGCUAUUCUUUGGCUGGGUGGUGGAGCAUACUGUGGUGCGGCAGGUUAUGGUGGUGAUGGGUGGCUGAUGGUUAGCAUCGGGCUAUCAUAG